UUAAUUUUUCACAACAAAAAAAAACGUAUGCGGUUUAAAAAAAUUGAACAAUAAAAAACAAACAAUUUAUUAAUCAUGCAGCUGGUAAGUACAGUAAAUGCAUCUUGGGUUUGAACUCACUCUUAGAAGAAGUUAUCGCAGUUUAUUGCUGCAUUCAAAUUAAAAGUUGUGAAGUAGUGCAAAUAGAUACAUACAUAAGUAAUGACACUAAAUCCACGCGAAUCUGGCGAAUAUAUCGUCAAAAACGCAAAAUACUUGACCGUACAGCCGGACGGAAUCGACAAACUUGCAAAGGAAGUUAUUUGUCGCAUCCAGUCGGGGGAACUUGAUCCGAAAAAUUUCUCCCAAAAUGAUAUUCAUCCAAAAGCUAACGAUCCCCAUGCCGCAGAAUGGAUCUUUGUAGUUGACACCCUAAACUUCUGUUUCUGGACGCCCACUGAUUACACUAAAUACAAGGUAAACGGUUAUACCGGCUACUUUGCCCUCUGUGCUGCUAUAAAUCGCGCUAUAGCUGAGGGCAUAGACAUCACCAACUCUGCGUUCUAUUCAAAAAUUGACUCUGAAACAUUGCGUCACGUUUUCCGUUCAGAUGAUGGCCAAACCACAGUCCCGCUUUUUGAAAAACGCAUCGUUUGCUUGCAAGAAGUCGGCAAGCGUUUGAUGGAAAAUUGGCAAGGCAAGUUUGAGAAUGUGGUACGCGCAGCGAAAAAUUCUGCCGCUCGUUUAUUAGAGCUUAUAGUCACUGAAUUUCCAUGCUUUCGCGACGAGGCUGAUUAUGAGGGAAAGCGGGUCUCAUUGUACAAGCGUGCGCAAAUAUUAAUUGGAGAUAUAUGGUCCUGCUUUCACGGCAAGGAACUAGGAGCUUUUAAUGACCUUGAAAAAAUAACCAUGUUUGCAGAUUAUCGUGUACCGCAGGUGCUUAUACAUUUUGGUAGCUUGGAAUACAAACCAGAGCUGCUUGACCUGUUGAGCAAAGACACAAUUCUAGAGAAUGGUGACCCCCGCGAGGUGGAGAUUCGCGGGGCCUCCAUCUACAUUGUUGAGCAAGUAAAAGGCGAAAUUUUGAAAAAGUUGCAUCGCAAGGAAAUUGAACUUAAUAAGGAGUACAUUAACUCCAUAUUAAUUGAUCACUUCUUGUGGGACUAUCGGCGCAAACAUGCAGACGAGUUAGAACACAUACCAUUCCACAAAGUACUAAGUGUUUACUACUGAAUAUUUUUGUACAAAGAAUAAACCACCAAAUAUUUAGAAAAAAGUUUA